AUGGCGGAGGAGCACCACCAGUGGCCAGGCAGCAUCCUCUACAACAUGCUCAUGAGCGCUAAGCAAACUCACGAGGCUGAGGCUUCAGAAGCUCGGGAGGAGCCCAGGGCGCGGCCACCGGGCGCCUGCUGGGGCUGCUCCUGUGGCGCGGUGCCCGCGUUGGGCAGAGAGGGUCCGCCGGGUAGGCAGGCAGUGACGGACCUGUACCGCUGCUGCUUUUGCGACGAAGACCACCCACGGCAAGGCAGCAUCCUCUACCACAUGCUCACAAACGCAAAACAAAUGCAAGAGGCCCCCGCCGUGCUGAGGGGCGCGUGCUGGGGUUGCGCCUGCGGCGCGGCGCCCGCGGUGGGCAGAGAGGGUCUGGCGCUCCUGUAUCGCUGCUGCUUUUGCGGUCAACAGCACCCACGGCGGGGCAGCAUCUUCUACAACCUGCCCGCGAGCUCCAAACAAAUGCACGCGGCUCAGCCGGUGGCGCUGCCGGGGGCCCCCUGGUGGAACCCCUGGAGCGGCGCACAGCGGCGGGUGGCGCUCAAGAAUCCACAGGUGGUCUGCGAGGCCGCCUCCGCGGCCCUGUUGAGGACCAUGCGCUUCGUCAAGUACUUACCCUGUUUCCAGGUUCUGCCCCUGGACCAGCAGCUGGUGCUGGCGCGCAGCGGCUGGGCACCUCUGCUCAUGCUCGAGCUGGCCCAGGACCGCAUUAACUUCGAGACCACGGAGACCUCGGAGACCGGCUGGCUGCAGAGUAUCCUCACCGCCAGGCGGCAGGAGACAGAGGGCGAUGAGCCACAAUCUCUCCCUACGCCGCAGCAAGGCUCCAUCCCGCCGACAGAGGCCACACUUCUGCCGUCAGCCGCUGAGGUCCAGGCUAUUAAGGGCUUCCUUGCCAAGUGCUGGAGCUUGGGCAUCACUGCCAAGGAGUAUGCCUACCUCAAGGGGAUCGUGCUCUUUACCCCGGACCUGCCAGGCCUGCGGUGUGUGAAGUACAUUCAGGGACUUCAGUGGGGAACUCAGCAGAUCCUCGGCGAACACACCAGGAUGAUGUACAGAGGGUACCAUGUCAGAGUCGCUGAACUGAAUAGCAUCCUUUUCCAGCUUAGAUUCAUCAGUGCCAGUGCUGUUACUGAACUGUUCUUCAGGUCCAUCAUCGGCGCUGUCAGCAUGGAUGAUAUGAUGCUGGAAAUGCUCUGUACGACUUUAUAAAGGCAUCUAUGGGCCACACAAGUGCAGUUCACCAUGAAGCGAUAAGGAGUAGUGUAACAUAGCAUUCAAUAAACUUUCUUAUUAUUUUUACAUGCCAUGCAUAGUAUUUUUGUAUUCAAUUAAAGAAAAACUUUAGUCACAGACAAUUAGAAAAUCCUCUGCAUCAUACCGGUUCAUUGUGAAGGAAAAUAUUUGCAACAGGUAACAUAUCUCUGUACAUCUUUAAAGAAAGAGCUGAGUACUACACUAAUAAGCUAUUUUCGUAAAUUUAGUGACUC